AGCUUUGCACUCUUAGACAUCACAGCCGGCGUUUUUCUCGUGUCUCACCAUCUGGGGAACCCGUAGUGUAAUCUCUCGUGGACAAAAUCACCACCACUACAGAAAUACAAACCACCAACAGCCAUGGCGGACAAGUACGUCAUCCGGGUCACGGCGGGGCCGGACUACGACAUUGACAACCACACGGUCGUGCCCGUGAACGCGCCCGAGACGGUUAAGGUCAGCACGGCGCACGGCGACGUGGAGCUCAACGUGCGCAUCCAGGACUACGCGGGCCUGCCGCGCAACUCGCCCUCGACGUCGCCCUACUUCUCCCUGGAGCCGCACAAGACCAGCAAUGACCGGUACAGCAUCGCCAUCCGCUUCACGCCCAAGAACCCGGACGGCGGCGACGGUGGCGGCAUCUCUGGCGGCGACCUGCAGUUCGGCAACGACUUUGACCACCCCAUCCGCGACAAGCUACCCCCCGGGUUCAGCUACGCCAUGAACAUAGUCAAGUGGUGGAUCGACCCGGGCCUCGACGGCGACGCGUACGCUGACGAGCCGUACCUGUACGGGCCGGGCCUGUCCUCCUUCAACGCGCUGCACGUGGGCCAGGGCGAGCACGACCCUGCCAAGGGCGGGCUCGUGGUCGAGGAAGGCGGCGACGAGGCCGGGCUCGAGGCCCGCCGCGCGGUGGGCGCGCCCGACACGGCCAAGGAGCGCAUGAAGUGGGCGCUCAAGCAGGACGCCAAGAGCAGGUGGGUGUACGAGCACGGCAGGACGUACUGCUUCGACUUUUUCAACCCGUACCUCGACUUCAACGACUUUGCGCUGCGGCUGCCGGGCUUCACCCUGCCCAUCAUGAAGUACUGGGACGGUCAGCCUUUGAGCAGUGACGGCAAGCCAACCCACAAGCCGAAACGCUCACACACACUCAGAUAUGUGUUGCGCAACCGCUCCACGGCCGACACGUACCUGGUCGUCCUGUUCACGCUGUACCUCAAGGAGGACGUCAACGAGGACGGCAGCCUCAAGGACGCGGCGCUCAAGGCCACCAAGGAGGACAAGGAGAUGGCCAGGGAGUCGGGAAAGAUCUCCUCCUCAUCCGGCGCUUCUGGUCAGGAGGAGGAAAAGGGCAACAACAGCAAGCACGAGGAGGACUACGAGGAGGCGAGGAAACACUUUGAGAAGCUGGGCGUGAGCAAGAGCCAUGACGAUGCCGCGGCGCCGGCAGCGGAGAACGAUGAUGAUGUGGAUUAGACAGGGGAGAACGCGACAUCUUACGGCAGUCGGCUUGUGCAUGUGCUGGUCGGUGCAAGUGGUUGGAAAUCCAAAAGCACCAUCCUGUAGAACUCAUCCACAUAGAGAGCAUUUCCAAUUAAUGAACACUUGCUUUCGAGACUGUAUUUGUCACUUCAGAGGACGCCAGCGGCGGCUGUGG